UCAGUUAGUAAGCUAGUUAACCUGGGUUAGUUUACAUUUCUCAAUCACUGACUCCAAAUCCCAGAAUGCAACACCGGUCUCUAGGGUAACACAACGCCACUGACCGAAAGAAACACACAACACACUAUACAACAAAAACACUAUAAACUCUAUUACAGUAAAAGAGCGAUGGAGACGGAAACAGGAGAGGAAGAACUGGAGCUGAGAGUAGCGGAGCUGGUGCAGGCGGUGCUGGACAGAGCUGCUCACAGCGCCCUAAUCCGCCCUCCGGAGCCCGAGCGCCAUCAGCCCGAGUACCCGCUCACAGAGCCGGACUGGGGCUCUUGCAGAGACUUCACCGUGGAGCGGGGCAGAGCCCGCAUCGAGGACUACAUGAGGACGUGGGAAAUCCACCCCAGCUGGAGAUACAGCAUCAGCUUCCUCCAGGAGAGAGAGCUGGACUUCCAGAAGCAGUUCCUCUACAGGGCCCUGUGGGGCCGGCCGACCAGCUGCGCGCCCAUCCCCCGGAGCACCGCGGCCGUCUACUUCAUCAUCACCGCCCCCAAGACCAGAGACCCGGCGCUGCCCGUGGAGGUCCGCUUUACCGUGGAGUCCAACAGGACGCUCCACGAGCCGGGCAGAACCAGGUUCAGAGAAAAGUGGCUGCAGGACGUGAUAGAGAGCAAAGCCCUGCUAAUAGACUCGGUGGACUUUUAAAAUCCACUAACUUAGCUGGAUAAUUUAACACUCGAGUGACACAUGCCAGACUUCAUUUAUCAAAACGUGGGAGGAACAUGGGCUAGGUGGGUUUCAGGUGGGAGGGAGUAGUAAUAAUCACAGUUCAUCCCUGAUUUACAUCCAUAUGUGAGAACAUUCUGGUUCCCAGUUGGGAUGCCCACACAGGCCAGGCUUUCUGAGUUUAAACAGUACAAUAAUUCACAUAUAAGAAGCAAUUCCACAGUCAGUGAAAUAAAAUGCAAUGUAACAACUGAA